AGUGUUUUGAGCACUAGAAUCGUUAGCUAUGGUGACACUUGAGGGGAAAGCCGAAAAAGGAAGUUUAGAGGUGAAAGUCAAUGUAGGAGCGAUAAUAGGAAGUGAAGAAGGAGGUUGAUUAUGAAUACAGUGGUCUUGAGUGCUGUUAGAGGUAUGAGGGCGGUUAUCACUUCCCGGUUGCCCACACCGUGGAAGGGUUCUUCUGGAGGUACCUGAAGAGGAAGUUGGAUUAGAGGUGGUCUUAGUGACCUGGGAGCGUGACCGCAGUGCCCAAGGGACAACUGCUUAAGGUCGGUCACACACGACCUUUUUAUGGGUAAUUUUUGUGUUAGCUUCGUACUUGUUGAGACCUUACCGCCGGAGACGGAUAUCCGUGAGGUAAGGUGAGGUGUGACAUUUUUAGAGUCGACUUUUUCUAACCCUUCUUUCCUUGCGAGAAAACAGCAUCGCUGCAGAUGCUGGUUGCCUGAGGGAAGCACCUUACUGCUGCCACACCCCUCUACAACCAGCAGUACGACUUCGCCCUCAGACCUUGAGUUGCUUCUUUUAGUCUUACCGUUCUCCAAUCGACCUGUCUUGCAUGGUAGAACCUAAACGAACAUAUGUUCCAACCAAUAUAGCUCGGUUGCGCCAUCACGAUAGGGAAGCCCUAUCACCACGUCAAGGUAGCAGCUACGGUCGUGAAGAGUAAUCAUGACUAUUCUUUACCAGUAAACCAAGCUGUUUUCUUGAUUUUUUUACACAAAAUUGUGAAUUAACUUAUAAAAUUAAUGCUUAUGGGGGAGAUUAAGAGCCUUGGUCAUGGAUUCCUUUUGCUUUGUCUCAUAGUACUUGUUGGUCUUUGUUUAUAAAAAUUGGUAUGUUUUUAUAAAGUUAAUGUAGUGUUCAUAGUGUUCUCACUUGUACAUGUGACGCUAAAAGCACAUAUUCUUUUUUCGCUACUAAAUAGGAACACUCCACGAAGACUGUUACAACUGAAGUUCUGAAUUUAUUCGGCCAUAUGUUGCCAGCAAUUUUUCCUUUUAAGCUGGUUGGUGUAAUGCAAGAGUUAAUUAAAACUGCAACUGAUUCUGGCACUGAAUUAGCUGCUCAUCAAUAUCUUAUAGUGACUAUGGCAUCUAGUGAGGAAUAUCCUUCGCCAUCAGGGAAUCUACCACUUCAGUUGUCGGCUAAACGGAUUUCCAAAGCUCGUAAAUCUUGUUCCGGAGAUCACCAAAAUUGCAGUCCGGUUAGAAAAAAUCAUAUUGACGACUCGAACAGCAUUAUCGUCACUCCUUCCAUUGAUAGUCGAGAACUUGAUCGUCUAAAAUUCACUAACCCAGGUAGACAGAUGGAAGAACUAGAAGUCGGUUGGUCCGAAGCAAAUAUGACACGGAGUGUUCGCAGACAAAUGACCGUUAAAUCUGGUCACAAAUCAUCAGAUCGGUUGCAUCCGUUAUACGAUUCUCGUGGCCGCCUUUUAGGAACUUUAGAAUAUAGUUGUGAUUGUCUAAAAUCUGAAUGUCCUGGCUGCCAUUUGCCAUGUCGUAGGUGCCAUUCUACGUUUUGUGGAGCAUCAUGUCGAAUUUAUCGAACUUAUCGUGUUAAUGAAGUUAAACUGUUUAUCUGA